AUGUCUCGCUUUACUCCUCAGCUGGCCGGCGCUCACGUCCUCGUGACAGGUGGUCGUAAAGGCAUUGGAAAGGUCAUCACUGAAACCCUUCUUGCCGAGGGAGCCAAUGUCUCGUAUUGCUCACGAAAUGUCACCGGUGAAGAGUUUGCGACUUUCAAGGGUGCAAUCGGGGGAGCACGUGCUGUUGGCACAAGUGUUGAUAUUGCCGACCCUGAGUCAAUCAAGGCUUGGGUUGAAAGCGCCGCCGAAACUUUUGGCGGGAUUGAUAUCGUUGUUGCAAAUGCCUGCCCAAAGUACACCGGCCCAGCUAUCGAGGAGUGGCAAAAGAGCUUUCAGGCCGACGUGAUUGGUCUUAUUAGCCUCAUCCAUGCCGUAACUCCUCAUCUGGAGAAGCGAGACGGUGCCGGCUCCAUCAUCGUCAUCAGCUCCCUCGCCGGGUUUGAGGCGAGGCACCCAGCACACACUGGCCCAUACACGACAUUGAAGCGAGCCCAGGCAACCUUGGCCAAGGACUUUUCGCGUGUUCUCGGUCCUAAGGGUAUCAGAAUCAAUUCGAUUGUCCCAGGGACCAUCGACUCUCCGGCGACGAUCCUACCUGAUGGAACUGAGGAGCCAAGCACCUUUCAGGAGGUCAUGACAGCCAACCCAACCUUCCUAGAGAGCCUGCUAGCGAGCAUCACUCUGGGAAAGAUUGGUCACGCUCAGGAUGUUGCCAAUGCCGUGGUAUUUCUUGGCAGUCGGCUUUCGAGCUACAUCACAGGUACCAACUUGAUCAUCGACGGCGGCAUUUCCACUACUCUUUGA